AUGUCUCCAUCUAUGAACAAAGUGCCCCCUGAAGGGGGCUAUGGAUGGGUUGUCACUUUCGCCUAUGCCUUGAACAAUGUAGUUGUCCUUCCUUUAAUUGCCGGUUUUGGUUUAAUUUUUCAAGAAGCGUUUGACGAGACAGGUCUAUCUGCGACACAAGGGACUCUAGUCAUUAUUCUAAACCAUGGGUUCGGUAUGCUUCUGUCAUUCUUUGGUGGCCCUGUCCUACGACGUUUUGGAUACAGAAAAGUGGCAGUCGUCGGUGCUUUAUUGAUUACAUCCGGGCUUAUUAUAACCUCUAUUGCCACUAUGGGAGUUGCAGCAGUCAUGGCAGCCUUUUCUUUAGCAAUAAAUUCAUUCUUUAAAGAGAAAAGAGGUCGUGCAAUAGGUGUUGGCAUGUCAAUUACAGGUCUUGGAACAAUAUAUAUGCCACUUCUUAUGAGUUUGCUUAUGAAUACCUACGGCUGGAGGUACGCUGUACUUAUUUUAGGAGGUAUAUGCUUGCAUUCAUUAUUAGGAGCGUGUUUACUUAGACCGGCAAAAUGGUACUUAAAAGAUCCACCUCAAGAUGAAGCAAUGACACCUUUAAACGUUGAAGUUGAUUCAAAUCAUGUUGAUCAGAUAAGCGCUGAACCAUUUAGAUCCUCAGAUGCGGAAUUAUCAAGACAUUUAGAAGAAAAUAUAAAAAACGGUAUGGCAAAAAGUGCUUCAAUCAGAUCUUUAUCAACUUCAAAUGGUCCUCACACAAGAAACGCUGUUUCUCAUCCAGAUAUAAGAAAAGUAGAUUCAGAUCCGCCUCUAGCUGCUUCAAGAUAUAAAUGGUGGGAAUCUCAAGAAAUUAAUUUGAGCAGCUCUAUUAACAUAUUUAAAGAAAUCGAUCAGCCCCGAAAAAAAGAGAUCGACUUUAAUGAGUAUAUAAAAGAAAAAGAGGGUAUAAAAAAGACUAUGGCCCAAAGAUUUGUAGAUUUCUUUGACCUUACUCUCCUUAGAGAUCCUAUAUUCGUUAAUAUACUUCUUGGAUUGUCCAUUGCCUCUUGUGUGGAGACAAAUUUUUCUCUGUUGUUGCCAAUUAUCAUGAAAGAUAUGUUGAAAUUCGAUACUUCUGAUAUUGCGAAAAUAAUGGCAGUAGUUGGAUUCUCUGAUACAGUAUUUAGACUGGUCUCCCCGUUUAUAGGAGAAUGGUGCAAUAAACCUCCAAGGAUCAUGUAUUUGGUUAGCUUGCUCAUAAUCAUCUUUACAAGAACAAUAAUGUUAUUCACAACAUCUUUUAGCGGUAUGUUACUAGUUGCUCUCGCUAUGGGAGUGACCAAAGGCGUCAGAACUGUGUAUAUGAAUAUUAUUAUACCAAGUUACGUGCCUUUAGAACGACUGCCUUUCGCUUCCGGCAUUCAGAUGUUCAUCAAUGGAAUUAUAAUCAUAACUAUCGGAUCACUUCUAGGUCGGAUACGUGACUUGUCAGGAUCCUACAGAAUACCGAUAACAGUUUUGAACAUCGUGACGAUGCUUACAGUAGUUUUGUGGAGCGCUGAGUUCUUGUACUCCAAGCUGAAGAAUAAAAAUAACGAGCAAUCUUCUUAA